UCGGAGGCGGUGGGAGUCGCGGCUGCUGUCCGUGCACCUGAGAGCCGACGCCCGGGCCCUCGAAGCUGCACCCAUCGUCGUCCCCGUCGCCAUGAGCCGCUUCAAGGUGUCCAAGUUCCGGCACACGGAGGCGCGGCCGUCCCGUCGCGAGGCCUGGAUCAGUGACAUUCAAGCAGGAACAACAGCCUCAUGUGGGAACCAUAUCAAAUCCAGCUGCCACUUGAUUGCAUUUAACUCUGACCGUCCAGGUGUGCUGGGCAUUGUGCCUCUGGAGAACCAAGGAGAGGACAAGAAACAGGUGACCUAUCUCGGCUGCCAUUCGGACCUGGUCACGGACUUGGACUUCUCUCCCUUUGAUGACUUCCUCCUGGCCACAGGCUCAGCCGACAGGACGGUGAAACUGUGGCGACUGCCCGCCUCUGGCCAGGAACUGCCCUCGGUGCCCGGGCUGGUGCUGGGCCCUGAGCUGGUCCAGGUGGAGGUGCUGCACUUCCAUCCCACUGCGGACGGUGUCCUGGCGAGUGCAGCGGGCAUGGCCGUGAAGGUCUGGGAUGUAGCCAAACAGCAGGCCCUCACAGAGCUGGCGGCCCAUGGGGACCUAGUGCAGGCUGCCGUCUGGAGCCGGGAUGGAGCUCUGCUGGGCACGAUAUGCAAGGACAAGCAGCUACGGAUCUUUGACCCCAGAGCCAAGCCAGGGGCCUCCCAGAGCACAGAGGCCCACAAGAAUGGCAAGGAUGGCCGGCUGGCGUGGACGGGAAUCCAGGAGCACCUUGUGUCCACUGGAUUCAACCAGAUGCGUGAGCGUGAAGUGAAGGUCUGGGACACCCGGCACUUCUCCAGCGCCCUUGCCUCCCUCACCCUGGACACCUCACCUGGGUCUCUGAUGCCCCUGCUGGACCCAGACUCCGGGCUCCUGAUCCUGGCAGGAAAGGGUGAGAGUCAGUUGUCCUGCUACGAGGUGUUGCCCCAGCAGCCAGCACUGAGCCCAGUGACCCAGUGCCUCUUGGAAAGCGUGCUCCGGGGGGCAGCUCUUGUACCCCGGCGGGCGCUGGCUAUCAUGAACUGUGAGGUGCUCCGCGUCUUGCAGUUGAGCAACACAGCCAUCGUGCCUGUCAGCUACCAUGUGCCUCGCAAGGCUGUGGAGUUCCACAAGGACCUGUUCCCAGACACCGCAGGCUGCGUGCCCGCCUCCGACCCCCAUGCCUGGUGGGCUGGGAGCAACCAGCAGGUGCAGAAGGUUAGCCUCCACCCAGCUCACCGGCCCCACCCCAGCUUCACUUCCUGCCUGGUGCCCCCCAUGGAGCCCUCCCCGGAUGCAGCCCAGCCUGCAGAGACACCUGUGGGUGACUUGGACCCCAGCGAGGGCUUCUCCUCCCCACUCAGCUCUCUUGCCUCGCCCUCCACGCCCUCCAGCCUGGGGCCCUCACUCUCUAGCACCAGUGGCAUCGGCACCAGCCCCAGCCAGAGGUCCCUACAGAGCCUGCUGGGUCCCAGUUCCAAGUUCCGCCAUGCUCAGGGCACUGUCUUGCACCGAGACAGCCACAUCACCAACCUCAAGGGGCUCAACCUCACCACGCCUGGCGAGAGUGACGGAUUCUGUGCCAACCGGCUGCGUGUGGCCGUGCCUUUGCUCAGCAGUGGUGGGCAGGUGGCUGUGCUUGAGCUGCAGAAGCCUGGCCGCUUGCCCGACACAGCACUGCCCACACUGCAGAAUGGGGCAGCUGUGACUGAUCUGGCUUGGGACCCCUUUGACCCCUACCGCCUCGCUGUGGGUGGGGAGGAUGCCAGGAUCCGACUGUGGCGGGUGCCCCCAGAGGGCCUGCAGGAAGUGCUCACGACACCUGAGGCUGUGCUCACAGGUCACACAGAGAAGAUCUACUCUCUGCGCUUCCAUCCACUGGCAGCUGACCUGCUGGCCUCCUCUUCCUAUGACCUUACCAUUCGGAUCUGGGACCUGCAGGCCAGAGCCGAGCAGCUGAGGCUUCAGGGCCACCAGGACCAGAUUUUUAGCCUGGCCUGGAGUCCCAGCGGACAGCAUUUGGCCACCGUCUGCAAGGAUGGGUACUUGCGGGUCUAUGAGCCCCGGGGUGGCCCCGAGCCCCUGCAGGAAGCCCCAGGGCCUGAGGGCGCCCGCGGAGCCCGCGUGGUCUGGGUGUGUGAUGGUCAGUGUCUGCUCGUGUCUGGUUUUGACAGCCGAAGUGAGCGCCAGCUGCUCCUAUACCCCGCCGAGGCCCUGGCCGGUGGCCCUUUGGCAGUGCUAGGGCUGGACGUGGCUCCCUCGACCCUGCUUCCCAGCUAUGACCCUGAUACCAGCCUGGUGCUACUCACGGGCAAGGGUGACACCCGCGUGUUCCUGUAUGAGCUGCUCCCUGAGGCUCCUUUCUUCCUGGAGUGCAAUAGCUUCACCUCAACAGACCCCCACAAGGGCUUCAUCCUCCUGCCCAAGACGGAGUGUGACGUGCGGGAAGUAGAGUUUGCCCGGUGCCUGCGGCUUCGCCAGACCUCCCUGGAGCCUGUCGCUUUUCGGCUUCCCCGAGUCAGGAAAGAGUUCUUCCAAGAUGACGUGUUCCCAGACACAUCUGUGAGCUGGGAGCCAGUGCUCAGUGCCAAGGCCUGGCUGGGAGGUGCUAAUGGGCAGCCCCGGCUUAUCAGCCUGCAGCCCCCUGGCAUGAGCCCAGUGAGCCAGGCUCCCCGUGAAGCCCCUGCCCGACGGGUCCCAUCCUCAGCAAUCUACCUGGAAGAGAAGUCAGACCAGCAAAAAAAGGAAGAGCUGCUAAAUGCUAUGGUGGCAAAGCUGGGGAACCGGGAGGAUCCGCUCCCCCAGGACUCCUUUGAAGGUGUGGACGAGGACGAGUGGGCCAAAUACCUGGCCCAGAUCAUUGUGAUGGGGGUGCAGGUGGUGGGCAGGGCCUUUGCCCGGGCCCUGCGGCAGGAGUUUGCAGCCAGCCGGGCAGCAGCUGAUGCUCGAGGACGUGCUGGACACCAGUCUGCAGCUGCCUCCAACCUGUCUGGCCUCAGCCUCCAAGAGGCCCAGCAGAUUCUCAAUGUCUCCAAACUGAGCCCGGAGGAGAUCCAAAAGAACUACGAACACCUGUUCAAGGUGAAUGAUAAAUCCGUGGGUGGCUCCUUCUACCUGCAGUCCAAGGUGGUCCGAGCUUGGGAGCGCCUGCAGGAGGAGCUCAGGAUCCAGGCCCAGGAGGACAGAGAGAAGGAGCAGAUGCCCAAAACGUGACCACUCAGCUCCUCCUACUGCACCCCAUCCACCUCUAAUUUAUAGUUUGAAGUGAGAUGCUCACCGAAGUCACAGCAGGUGGUGGCAGGAUGAGGACCCGGAGCCAUGAUGCUUCAUCCAGAAUCUUCCAUCUCAGUGCCCUCAGGACCUGCUCCCUCCCAGCUCCCAGGAGCAGGUCUGGCCGUUGUGGCAUCCACAGGGUUGGAAGGAAGCCCCAGAACAGGGCCCGUGCUGACCCAAACCAGGCACGGGGCAGUCAGCGUUCUCAAGAAGGGCGGCUCCGCUCAUGGCACAGCCAAGACAGAAACCAUCUUUGCAACUCACUUUUAUUGUUUCUUUAUAAACUUCCUCUCACAUGGAGGAAUAUAUUGUUAUAGUCAUUA